UGCCCCGCUCUGGCCGGAAGUGCAUCGUGUAUCCGGCAGUGGCGCUCGGAGUGUGAUGGCGGCGCGGACAGAGCGGGAGCGGAUGAACGAACGGCAGCAAGCGGCGCUGGGCGCCCUGUUGCUGGAGAGUCGGGAGUGCGCCGACUGCUGCAGCCGAGGACCAAGAUGGGCAUCGUGGAACCUGGGGGUGUUCAUCUGCAUUCGCUGUGCUGGCAUUCACAGAAACCUUGGAGUCCACAUCUCCAAGGUGAAGUCAGUAACUCUGGACCAAUGGACACUAGAACAGAUUCAGAGUAUUCAGGAAAUGGGCAACUCUAAAGCCAAGCUCCUGUAUGAAGCCAACCUUCCUGAGGACUUCAAACGACCAAAAACAGACCAAGCUGUGGAGAUCUUCAUCAGAGACAAAUAUGAAAAGAAGAAGUAUUUCAAUAAAAGUAUUGAUGUCACUGCAUUCAGGAAAGAAAAUAAAUGGAAAAAGGAAAUUGAGGCAAAGGAAAGCAAACCUGCAUCCAUUGUUUUUGAAAAGGUUAAAGUGGCAUUAAAGAAAGAUGAACCGCUGCAGUUGAGGCCAAGUCCAUCAGCACCACCGGGAGCCACAGUUGAUCUUCUGGGCUUGGAUGUCCCUGCAACAGCUCCCACAACCACUGGGGCCACAAGUUUAACCUCUACGAUGGCAAAUGAUCUCGAUCUCUUUGGACCCAUGAUGUCUAAUCCACAGGCGGAUCCCAGCACAUUCCAAAGCACGGCUUUGGCUUCUGCUCCCCAAGAAGCAGCUGAAAACUUGAAUUUCUUUGCUGACCCCUCCGUGAAGCAGGAGGAUUCGGGGAAGAAGCAGCUCUCGAAGGACUCCAUUCUUUCACUUUAUGGGUCACAGCCGUCCCAUGUACCGGCUCAAGGUGCUAUGUUCAUGCCCUCUGCACAAGCAUCCUAUGCUCCCUGUCUGCCAAGUGGCUAUGCAAACUUUCCCCCUGCGGGCACUGCAGCCACCCACGCCAGUUGUAUGAUGGGCAGCGUGGGACAGUCAUUGGGCAUGGUGGCUCCAAUGGCACUGCCAGCGGGAUACAUGCCAGGCAUGCAGGCACAAGGAAUGGGUGCGCCAAGUGGGAUGAUGGGGCAGCAGGGUGCCUACAUGGGUGUGAUGGCCAUGCCUCAGCCGGUGUACGGAGUCCAACAGGCACAGCAACUGCAGUGGAACAUAGCGCAGAUGACGCAGCACAUGGCGGGGAUGAAUUUCUACAGUGCUAAUGGCAUGGUGAGCUACGGACAGUCACCAGUUUCCAUGGGAGCAGGGGCUGCUCCCACGACUGGUCAAUCCCUCGGCACCCAGAUCUGGAAGUAGAGAGAAUGGAAUUAAGAAGAAAGAAACAACAAUCUCUCCAUGUCUCAGAACCACGCCAAAGACAUUUUGGCUUCUUCUCUCCUCCGGCCAGUUUGCUGUGCAAUCUCACAUCCAUUUUGCCUUUCGAUCUUCCAUGGACUUGGCAAGAAUGCCCCCAUCAAAAUAGCCGUCGUCAUUACCAAAGUCAAAGCUUUGAAAUGUACAUUAUUUGUCUCCCAAAGAAUCGUUUGGAAAUCUUAAUUCCCAGAAAGGCCGAGUCCAGGAAGGGUGCGUGAUCUUGACGUUUGUGACGUUGGGAAGUGUUUCUGGCACAUCUUUAGUCACUAGUUUCUAAAUUCUGCUUAAUCGUUCACGUGGGUGAGCCACCAGCUGCAGCCGCAGGAUGCCUUGUUCAUGGUACUAGGUUAGAAUUAUGAAGUUUGGACUUUGACCAAAUGAUCAGGGGGAGUCUUCAAAUUUGGGGGGUUAGGGAAACAGCGAUGGCUGAGUGUAUUAAUCAGCCACUGAGCCUCGUUACACAGUUGGAAAGAAUGUGAAUUGUAGCACGUAUGUGCCUCUAUUUAACAAGGCCUUUACUGAUGCUAUGUCAAAAAAUGUUGGUUAUAGCUUUAUCAAUAGGUUAAUUGUUUUGAUAGUAACUAUUGAAUUGACAUUUGGUUAAGGUAGUGCUAUUGGAUCUUUCUAAAAAUACUCACUGUUCAUCAGCUGAUCGAUACCAGCGUAACACUUAAACUUUCAUACCUGGCCUGGAAUUUAUUUGCAGAUUAAUAAACCCUAGUUAGAGAUGAGAGCACAAUUGGGACAAACAACUUGCAUACCAUGCUUUCUCAUACCCUGCAUUGGACAGGUGGGCUAAGAGCUACGGUUUGCCCCUCUCAGAAUGGGAGGUUCCAUCUCCUACUUCACCAGUGUUGCAGGAACAAAUUACAUAUUGCCCAUUGAUCUCUUUUCAACACACACAUCUUUUUUUAAAGAAAAAUUUCAAAACAAAUUUAUUUUAAAUGGUAUUUGGUGCACUUGAGACCACAAGAUAAAAGGGAAAAAAAUCGAAGUAGUUGAGUAUAAUUGGUCCAACCAUAUUUUAUAAUUGAAUCAUUAAUGUGUUUAGGCUCCUUACUUUCUGCCGGUAAUAUUGGUCAUGGCUGGGGGGAAAACAUUGAAACAUUACUUCCUCGGCUCUAUUUCCAUUGCUUCACGCACGGCUCAAGACAUGGCAGCUCUCUCCAUUCAUAUUGUAAAUCUUGGUUCACUAAACUCUCACCUCUCUCUGCUGGAUGCAAGAUCUGCUUGUGCUGUCUUUCCCGGCAAGCAGUGACUUCUCUCAAUCUCUGAGUAGAAGAACAAGAGUUUAAUGCUUCUCUGAGAGUCUUGUUCUAUUGUUUAAGCCCAAUAGGUUGUAAAGACAGUGUGUGACACAGGGCUUCCUAACAAGCUGGGAAACUAAGAGCAAGGUAUGGGGAAUAGCUGGAAUGCUGAGUGGGGAAUAACUGGUGAAGAUGUUCAGUGGAGAUUGCCCCUUUAUUUCUACCUCAGAUAAGAAUGCAUUCCUAUGAGGGUAUGAAGUAUCUUCUCUCAUUUGGUGGUGUUUGCCAGUUGGGAUUGGGCAGGCUACUUUGUGGCUUUAAUUUGCUUUCAAAGGGUUGUUGGGAGAGAAUUGGUGAUGGUGAACAAAAGAAAAUUCCAAGAUCAAUUCCACCGCUGCAUAUGUAUGAUCUUUCACACAUAUGGUUUGAUGCAUGGCAAACAGUCACGCCCACUAGUUUAGAAUUGUUUUUUGAUAGCUUUCUCACUCAAACGGAAAAUUCUGAAUAGACAUCUAAACAUUUGUACCUGAAAAGCAUCAGGUAAGUGUGGUUGAGGCACUAAAUAGGUCGCAUCAUUGUUUCCUAACCAAUAUUUAGUGGAGUUAAGUGCAUGCAGCUAAUGUCCACGGUAUUAAAUUAAUGAAAACAGUCACCUGUUCAGGGGGAUUCUACGAGCCUGGUACAAUAUGGCCACUCCCACAGUGCCUGGCCACUUGAUCAUAAGGGAUAUUGAGUGAUUUACCCUGUAAGAGCUGCCCUGAAUGCAUUGGUUGAAGGUGCAGCCCCUAAUAGUUACUUGUCUGAUGUUUAAGGCCUGAUGUCGCUGUGAGAUUUUCACAAAAUCUACCAGUUUUUGGGCGAUGCUGCCCUUUCCCAAUUUGACCAGACACUUGCAAACAUUCUGAUUCAAUGCACAGGACAAGAUUCACUGGAGUAGACAUUUGCACCAAGACCAUACAACAUGAAUGUGUAAAUAUGGAUCUGUUAUUUUUUCAGUAUGCUUAAAGCAUUUUGGGGGUCUAAUUUUAAAUUUGAUAGUUUUUAUUGUAAUUUCAUUUGAAUCAGCAUAUUUCUUUCUCAUAAGGGCUUAACCCUUAUGCUAAAGAAAUGAUGAGCAUGACUGCAGGCUUGUGCUUAAAUUGCUGUUACCCAGAGAAAUAAGUGGAAUAAUUGCAUUUUCCCCUCCCACAAGUUCAUUUUCCAGGCUAUAAAUGAAGCCUGGGCAACUUGAUUUGGAUAAUUAAUAAAAUGCAGCCUAAUGUGAAAUAAAUUCGAUGGGGGUGAGGAAAAGGGGGAGGUUGAAUGCCUGUACUUAACACAAUUAUGUGAGUUUCCUUAUUUCAAGUAUGAAUGUAAAUAGUGUAGGAAGGAACUGCAGAUGCUGGUUUAAGCCGAAGAUAGGCACAAAAAGCUGGAGUCAAGACUCGAAACGUCACUCUCCAGAGAUGCUGCCCAUCCUGCUGAGUUCCUCCAGCUUUUUGUGUCUAUGAAUGUAGAGGUGCUGUUGACACAGGUUAUUGACACCAAACAGUGCAGUCUUGGAUCUGACACUUGGGUGAUGGAAGGGGCCAGGCUGCUGGGAAGCUGCUGGAUCAGGGCUAUUACAGUGUGGUCCUCCUGUGAAGAGUAAAUAUUGGAUGAUGUGUAUGACUAGUGUUAGGUCUAAGUACAUGAUCUCCCACCCAACUCACUAAGUUGCCUCUUUCUGCCCAUUUAAACACGAGAUAAUGUGGCAGAGGACUGCCAGAGUUUAGAACUGCUUCACUGAAGCCUGGUAAAGUGUGAGGUUACAGGUAGCAGCUGCAACGUGUCACCCACUGGUUGUGCACUUGGGUGAAACAUUUUUGUGUGGUUAAACAUGGAUGUCACAGAGGCUGGUCAAGGGGUAACGUGUGCAGCAGUAUUGAAGCAGGAGUAGGUUUACAUCAAUGGCAGUUCAUUGUUCUGAAGUAAUGACCAUUUAUCGUGUUGCAAGAGUUCAUUUAUUAUGUGUUGCUAAUUGUGUAGAAAGGAGCGUUUCAGGUUUAAAGUUAUAAAUGUAUUAAACAGUAUCAAGGUUGUAAAGAAAAUUCCAUUUCAGCUUUCCACCAGUUACAUGGGCCCUGUGAUAGUGCCUGUUUUUGCAUUUGGGACUAUAAUAAGAUGUUGCUGGGUGGUAUACUUUGCGCAGAGUCACUGUUUAACGUUUUUCAAACCCAUUGCAUUCCUUGUUUGCUUUGUGCAACCUCGCGUUACCCCUUGGUGUUGUCAAUGCCCACCUCACUCACCACCCCAAUUGCUCCACACAUUUAAUUCCGCAGUUGGUCUCUGCCAACUAUGUGCCAUGGGUGAAAGGACUCCAGGGGUUGGGGGGGGGGGGGGGUGGUUUCAACUCAUUGGAGUGUUGUUGAGCUCAUUCCCAACAGUUCCCUCUCGUUUUCUAUUGGGAUUUAACAGUGUCAGUCCUGCAGCGGUUCACAGAAGGUGCUCCUUCCACGCCCUAACCACCCAAUAUGUAUUGAAGCAACAUUGGUACAAAGUUGCUGGAGUCUCUGUACCACCACCACUAACUGAAGAUCAGCUUGAUUGUUAAUGAGAAAGGGGGUAAGUUGGGUGCUGAUGGAGUUUACAAGGAAUGCAAGGGUAUUGCUUUAAUGUAUCAUAUUUACAGAAAUGAAUAUAUUAAUAUAGAGCUAAUUUGUGCUAUUUUUAUGAGGCUGCUUGGUUUAUAAGAAACUAAUGUAUAAAGUGUGUGAUUUAAAAGAAGGAAUUAACAUUUGUUUUUGUUACUUUUUUGGAGACGGGAGACCAUUGAAGGGUGUCUAUAGAUCACCGUUUACAACCAGGACAUGUCUCCUAGUAAAUAAAUGGGAGGUGUAUUUUAAAGUGGAGAAAAGAUUUAAAUUCAGAUAUCAACACGGUAGAGGACAGUUUUAUAUUGUUAACCUUGUGCACAGCUGUUCGCACCUCUUCCUUUGGGUGGCUGAUCAGAAAUGUGGAGGGAAUGUUGGCCCAUUGCAGGUAUUCACUUGUUUAUUUACUGGAUUUUAAGGGUUAGCCUUGUGCUAGAUAGAAAAUAAAAUUUUAUUUUUUGAAUACACAAAGCUAUUUUUCCAAAACCACCUGCCCGUCUCCGGCUGCUGUAAAGUGGGGUUUCCUGUGCGCUAGGUUGAAGCAUUUUGAUCCUGAGGUGUGUUCCCUCGGGCAGCUCACUGACUUGUGGCCGAGGCUCGGUUAGCAAGGAUUGUGGUCCAAUUCGUGGCCUUUGAUGUUUGAAUGACUGUGGCACUCUCAUCUCCAGCCUCAGGGCCACUCCCUGCCAUUGUUAGACAGAGCUUCAUCUGCAAAUGUCCAUAAGCCACACUCGUGCUUUGCUCUUUAACUCUGUUUUUGUGUGUAAAAGCACUUAACAGUUUUGUUGGCAACCUGCCUGGCGCCAGCCCUGCAUUUGGUAUCAGGUAAAGUGAUGCCUCUCCUGCCUUCCUCCUCGCAAGAAGUGAAAGCUCGCGAUGCUAUUGCACAUCCCUUUUCACUGUUCCAAGCAUGCCAGCAAUGGAGUAACUCCUCUGUGAAUGUACUUACACAGUCUUUUUCGCUGCUUCCAGCUGUUCUGUACUAUAUUUAAAAAAAUUACCUAAUAUAAAGAUUGUUGUGGGGACAUGGAAAAUAAAGAUUUUAUUAAAGAUUUACUUUGUAUAUUGAACAGAA